GCUGGCUCUGAAGGCAGCCCCACUGCCAGGAGCAGCGCAGAAGGAAGGGUGGCAUGGUACUGACUGUUGAAUUGCUGAAUGGGAUCCUGCUUGUACAGUACCACUUCAGGCACACCUCUUGCAAAGACUUUCACGGCUACUUGAUGAGCAAUCAACCACUGCUGAGAAAGAUACGCUCUACAAAGAAAUAUCAUGGACACAAGAAGUGCAGUAGGAAAGUGCUGACUGCAUGUGAAAAGAGGAAUUAGGUGUCUUGGGUUUGCAAGGCAAGGAAGGCUGCAGACCAAAAGCUGGAAGUGGUUCUGAAACACCCAGAGCCAAGCAAGAGAAUAAAAUUUAAAUUUUGGAGCACAAGGAAGAACAUCCUACCAUGAAACCAUUCACAGAAGAAGAUGUGGAAUUUUACAUCCAGAAUAAGGUGGAACGGCGACACCAGCUGGUGUCUAAGACAGUGGAUGAGGUGCAGAAGAUCAUCCAACAGCUGACUGCAGAAAUCAGCUACAGGGACACGCGAUUUCAGGCCAUCUCCAACUCUGGUGUGCACAACGAGAAUUUUAGGGAUCAGCCAGCUUUACUGGCCAAGUGGUCCGCUCUGCUUCGGGGGAAACGCCCAUUCCACCCAUCUGUCCAGGUCUUAGCACCCAGCCACUUCCUCAUCACAAUCCCACUGCGUGGCCUGACAGGGUACCGGGAGCGCCAGGUACGGCACUGGCGGUAUUACACCGUGCAUGGGGCAAAGCUCCUUUCCCCAGUACGGGACCCAGAGGAGCUGCAGCAGUGGCUGGAGGUGGAGCAGUUCUCAAAGAGCCUGCAGCAGUGGCAUGAGACAGAGGUGAACAUCGAAGGUGACCUCGUUCCAGCCAAGGUCCUUGCCAUCUUCAGGGAGUUGAUGGAGAAGUCAAUUACCUCCUGUAACCUCUCCAGUAAAGUCAGUAUUCUGGAGAGUUUCAGCUCGGUGGUUCGAGUUGCUGUGGAGACACCAGACUCCCAGGUAGAGGUGGAGCUGGUCCCUACUGUGGAAAUCCCAACCUGCUGGCCUGAGACAGCCCGGUGGCCCCGCUGCUUCAAGCGCUGGCCUCCCCAGGAGAAAGUGCAGUGCAUCAAGUCAUUUGGCUUUAAUCUCCUGGCCCGCUCCAAUUACCACUGGCAGCUGGGCUUCUCCCGAGCUGAGCGCAUGCUGAUCGAGGGCCUUGACGAGGACGGUGGCUGCCGCAUGAAGUGCUUCCGGGUCAUGAGACAAAUGAAGGAGGAUGUUUGGUGUACAGGAAAUAAGCCAAUCCUGACGACCUAUCACCUACAGAUGGUGCUGUUCUGGACAUGCGAGAAGUACCCGCGCGCCAAGGACUGGCGCUGCUUCCGGGAAGGCUUCCUGCGCAUGGUGAAGAAGCUGCACAAGUGCGUGAGCCAGCACUUCCUGAAGCAUUACUUCGUCAGGAGCACCAACCUGCUCAAGUAUGCCAACACCAGCGACCUGGACCUAGUGGCCGGCAAGCUCGCCGUCUUCCUGGAGAACCCCGUGCUCUGCCUGGACUGAGGCAGAGAGAACCUGAUCUCCCAAUCUUGUUUUUACACCCUAGUCCCUUUUGUUGUCUGUAGUUCUUCUGCCCUUUCAGUAGAUGCUGUGACCUUGAAUGUGAGACGUGUGGCACGUGCAGUAUGGAAGAGAAGAGUCAAACUGAAAGCAGUGAGAGGACAAAACUAUCUAGAGGGUUUGCUUGAUGCCCAGUCAUUGCAAUGUGCUUUCUACAGCUUGAGCUGCCUGUCUUGGAGCCACUGCCAUCCAGAUCCCCAAAACAAGCCAGACCAGAUACUGCCCCACUGUUUGUCACUAGUCCUAUGGCUCAUAGGCCAAAAUGCAGAGUGGUCUAGUGGUAAGAGCAGGGGAAUAGCAACCAGGAGAUCUUACUCUGCCACCUACUCACUGUGAGACUUUGUGUUCAUCACUUGACUCCUUUAUGCUGCCUCCUCGCCCAUCUGUAAAAUGGAAUUAAUACCUACCUACCUGACAGCAUUGUUGUGAGACUGAAUGAAUGUUUGUACAGUGCAUUGAGAUACGCAGAUGGAAACCUCGGUACAAUCACAAGGUGUUAUUGUUAGAGCCAGUCUGUCUCACCUCCCUCCACAAUUAAAUGUGGGUCCCGCCCUCACUGUAAAGAGAGUUUAAUCGGUAAGUGUUGAAUAGUCCAGUUACUGUUUUUUGCCUUUCCCUCGUGGUCUUUUUCUCUCAAGUUUUUCUUGGGGCAGGCUCCCCGGGUUUGCCUUUGCCACCCGUGCUAGUGCCAUGCCGUCAGCCCCCUGGCGGUGUUUGCUGUGACAGAGCUCUCUAGCACACCUGGCUCUGCCCAGCUGUCUGGGGGAUGAACUGAUCUCUCACCUUUUAGCACCUGUAUAUUUUUGGGUGCUGUUAGAGACAGAAUGAGCAUUUUUCAAAGGUUCCUAGUUGUAGAGGAUU